CUUGAAAAACUUUCAUCGAAGAUGUAUACCCGGUUUGAUUUCUAUUUCUGAGACGACCCUUUUUCUCCAGCUUAGUCUCAUGGCUUUGAUGAUCUCUGAUUUGAAUGACGAAGAGAAAGUGAACUCCUGGCCUUCUGUUUUUUCAGCUUGGUUUCCGCUAAACAUGGCGGUCGGUAAGAAUAAUAAUAAAAUGGGCAAAAAGGGAGGCAAGAAGAAGGCCGUAGAUCCCUUCGCUCGUAAGGAAUGGUUCGAUAUCAAGGCGCCAUCGAUGUUCUACAAUCGCCAAGUUGGCAAGACGCUCAUCAACAGGACACAAGGAACCAAAAUUGCCUCUGAAGGUCUUAAGGGACGUGUCUUCGAGGUGUCACUGGCUGAUUUGAACGACUCUGAAGCUGACUUCAGAAAGUUCAAGCUUGUAUGUGAAGAUGUGCAGGGAAAGAAUGUGCUCACCAACUUCCACGCUAUGUCCAUGACCCGUGACAAGCUUUGCUCCAUCGUUAAGAAGUGGCAUACCCUCAUCGAGGCUAACGGUGUGUUCAAGACCACCGAUGGCUACGUCCUUCACCUGUUCUGCAUUGGUUUCACCAAGCGAUCACCAAACCAGGUUAAGAAGACCACAUACACAAAAGCCUCUAAGGUCCGAAAGAUCAGAGCUAGAAUGCUUGAACUGAUGAAGAGAGAGAGUAUCAAAGAGAGGCAUGAACAAAAUAUGCACAUCAAAUCUUUUUCUGGUCGUCAUUUUCUCAAAAAUCAUCUUUUUACUUCCCACUUCGAAAACUUCACAAAUUAGCG